AUGACAGAAAGGAAAGUUUUAGUGCUCGACAAUGGCGCAAAUACUAUCAAAGCUGGAUAUGCAUUUAAUUCACAGCCGAGAGUAACGCGCGGAAAGGGUGAUAAAAAAACCUACAUAGGAGAGCAAAUUAGUUCUUGUACUGAUUUUUCCGGGUUAUAUUAUAGAUUACCUUUUGAAAAAGGAUUUCUUACGAAUUGGGAAGUUGAAAAAGGAAUUUGGGAUAGAAUAUUUUCAAAAGAUAUACUCGAUUGUGAUCCACAAAAAACAAGUCUUCUUAUUACGGAACCAUGUUUUAAUUUACCAAAUAUUCAAAGAACAUAUGAUGAAAUGAUUUUUGAAUUUUAUGAAUUUCAAUCAUAUUGUCGAACAAUCGCUCCAUGGUUAUGCAUCCAAAAUGAUACGUCAAAUCUCUAUCACAGUAGGCCACAGAAUCUCGUUGAACCCCCGGAUUGUGUUUUAGUAGUUGAUUCUGGCUAUUCUUUUACUCACAUAGUCCCUUUUGUCAUGGGUCGACCAAUUCUUCCUGCUAUUCGAAGGAUUAAUAUUGGAGGAAAAUUGUUAACCAACCAUCUUAAAGAAAUUGUAUCAUUUAGAUAUUGGGAUAUGAUGGAUCAAACUUAUGUAAUGAAUGAGGUCAAAGAAGCAUGCUGUUACGUUUCUCGUGAUUUUUUAGCAGAUCUCGAGACGUGUAGGAAAAAUACACGAGAUAAUCCUAUUCUUCAGGAAUACGUGCUUCCCGAUUUUUCAAGGAAUAGCAAGGGAUACAUUAGGGAAAAAAGAAGCGCAUCAGAAAUGUAUGAUCAAUCGGACGAACAAGUUUUAUACAUGAAUAAUGAACGUUUCACCGUACCAGAAAUAUUAUUUAAUCCAUCUGAUAUUGGUAUGAAUCAGGCGGGAAUUCCUGAAGUGAUCGUGGAGGCAAUUAAUGCUACACACCCUGGAAAUCAAAAAAUCGUUCUUAUAAGUAAAAAAGGAUUAUUGGUGGUGGUAACUGACAAGAGUAAUUUGGGUUUAUAUUCAUCAAUUUUGAGUUUAGAAAUGUUUCCUUUUCCUGUAAAUGAUGUAGAUUUGCAUGGAUUAUUUUACGGAAAUAUCGUAUUAGUAGGUGGAAACAGCUUAUUUUCCGGAUAUAAAGAACGAGUCGAAAAAGAUUUACGUAUUCUUGCACCAUCGGAAUUUGAGGUUAAAGUUGAAAUGCCGGAAGAUCCCAUCACGUACGCAUGGCAUGGUGGCAAAAAAUUCGCGUCAACACCAGAGUUUGAUGAAAGAUUAGUAACGCGUUCUGAAUAUUUGGAAUAUGGAAGUAAUAUUUGCCUUAGGAAAUUUGGAUUAGGUGGUGACGAAAUUGAGGAGAUGUCUGAAUAA